UUGGGUAUUAAAAAAUUGUGCCUCAUUUUUUCUGUGACUUUAUUUCCAGCCAAUGCCUGACCUUUAUAAAUCCUAAAUUUAUUAGUCUUAGCCUAUUCCUACUCAGAACUGAAAGUCAAAGGAAACACUUGAUGCCAUAAUCCUACAAGUUUCAUUAAUAAAUUUGAAUGCUUCAUUCUAAAGACAGAGAACAACAAAGAAAUCUUAGCCUAUCAUCAAUAAAUGUCCAUGCAUCCCCUGAAUCAUCCUAGUAUCCCUCUGAGCCCUCUCUAAUAGAUCAAUAUUCUUCUAAGAUAAGGAAAUCAAAACAUUACACAGUAUUCCAAAUAGGGCCUAAUUAAUGAUUUGUAUAGAAAGAAAGAUAACUACUUCUUUUGAGCUGAAGUUGUUAAAUUGCCCUAAAAUUAGGGAUGUUGCUAGCUGUGGAAAAGAUUUGGGACUUGCACCCAAAACAAUAGCUACUUCUCAAAAUAAUUAAAACAUGAUUAUAAUGUAAUAUAGUUUAUGUAAAACCUUGAAAUAUAUUUGGGUAAUUAGCUCAGUGCCCAAGAUUUGAACAUUACCUCAAUAGUUUGAGUGACUUCCAUUAUGACAAGAUCUAUUUUCUUCAGACAUGCUGUUGAGUAGGUUCUCAUCUAUAUUAAGUGUGAGAUGUAAAGAUUGUUUGCCAAAUAUUUGUCCAACUUAUUAAUUAAUCCAAGCCAUUCUGUAAUACCUCAAUAUCCUCAGUACAGUUAACAAUAGAUAAGUGUAAGAAUUUAACUUUACAAAUUAUUAAUAUACUAAUUAUGCCCUUAUAAGUAUCAUUUUAUGUAAAGUAGAAAAAGAAAGGCCAAAGCAAUGACCUAUGAGGCACUGCAAUAGUAACUAGGGUUGGGUUCAACUGGGAUAUAUUAAUAACAACCUUUUGAUUUGUCCCAUACAACCAACUUACAAUCCAGUUGAGAAGUACAUUUUUUUCUCCAACUUCUACUCAUGUGAAUUUUUUAACUAAUUUUUUGUAUGACACCUUAUCAAAAGCUUUUACAAAAUCUAAUUGUACACCCAUCCCCAUUGUCCAGAUAGCAUGUAGUAUUCUCAAAAGAAAAAGUUAAUAAGACAAGUUUUCUCUUUUUGUGAAUCAGUGUUUUCUUUUAGUUAUAAUGCUGUAUUUUGCUAAAUGUUUAUGUAAACUUCUUUUAUCAGGCUAUAAUUUUUCCAAUUACAGAAGUAAGACUAACUGACCUGUAAUUUUUGAAUCUAGGUAAUAAAGACAAUAGGAAAAAAUGUCAAUCAGAAAAAAAAAAGACAAUUACAAAAACAGUGUUUUUACAAGGAUUCCUUUGUAACUGGUCCAUUCAUAUCAUCAGAUGUCCAUCUGCCUAUAUACAGCCCUUCUGUUGAACUCUCCCAACUUUGUUGCAUUUACCUCAUUUAAAGAAACUGCUCUUGUCUUUAAAAUCAUUGAAGAAGAUUAGAAGACACUGUCUGUCUGUGGUGUUAUUCUUGAAAUAUGUCAAGCAUCAGAUUUGGUUUACUGUCUCGCAAACUAGCAAAUGCCAAUCAUACGUGGAAUACCAUAAGACCAUUAGUAACAACAACAGCAAGAAUUAACAUAAAGACAUUUUAUUUGGGUAGCUUAACCCAUGCUCAUUGUUUUAAAGCAAGUUACAUAAACUUCAAAGUCUUGAACAACGAUAUAUUACAAGGAGUACACACUGCUAACUUUUGUUCUCAUGGUCAUGUUGAAGACCUUGGAAGUCGAAUUCGACAAAACUACCACAAGGAAUGUGAAGAAGCUGUCAAUAAACAGAUAAAUUUGGAGCUCCAAGCUUCUCAUACAUACCUAUCAAUGGCCUACUAUUUUGAUCGUGAUGAUGUUGCAUUAAAAGGAUUCUACAACUACUUCAAAAAGUUGAGCAGUGAGGAGCGAAACCAUGCUGAAAGUUUGAUGAAGUAUCAGAAUAAAAGAGGAGGACAAAUAAUACUGAAAGAUAUUAAGGGUCCAGUAAAAAACAACUGGCUCGGUGGAUUGGAGGCAAUGGAGGCAGCUCUAGAAAUGGAAAAGUCUGUUAAUCAGUCUUUGCUAGAGUUGCACACUUUAGCCGAUAGCCAUGGAGAUGUACAGUUAUGUGACUACUUGGGCAGCUAUCUUCAUGAGCAAGUUGAUAGUAUUAUGGAAAUCUCAAAACAUAUCACCAACCUGAAACGUGUGGGAAUUGGUCUUGGAAAAUAUCUACAUGACAAGCAUGGCUUGCACACCAAUAGUAAUGAAUAAGAUUGUUCAUCCAGCUUUUAGCUAUAUAAAUUGAUAUUCAAAUUUUAGUUGCUUUGUGGUUAUAAUUAAAGUUUAUCUUUGUUUCUAAAACGACCAUUAAGAAUACAAGUGUUAACAAGUGAUCUGACUUUUGUAAAAUCUCAAACUAGUAGAACUUAUUUUUGUGUGUAGAUAUAGAUAAUAAUAUACAGAAUUAGCACAUACCAUAGAACUGUGAUGUUCCAUCAUAGGCAACUCGAGUAAUGUAUUUUAUAAUGGUGUGUUAGAACUUGGCAUGAUAUAAUAACGUUACUAAGAAAUAAUGUGUUCUUUCAUUUUUCAUCUUUGUUGAACGUGCAGAAUUUACAGUAAGCAAUAUGAUAGUAGCUAAUUUCAUAUUGUGGAUAAAGACUUCCUAUGUUCCUGUUUAAAAAGUACUUACAAACUGUUAAUAGUUUCUGAAAUAAGAUAAUAGUAAAAAUGUU